AUGGACUGGCCGGUUCACAAGAUCAUCUGCAAGCACUAUACACAGUUCGGUACAACUCGACCAGACCUCGACCAUCAUAGUGCCAUCUACUUCAGUCCAAAUGAACCAAACCCGCGCUUCAUAUGGCUACACUUCGAAUCUGGCCACAACUACCCCACCCUGGAGGACCUAGCACCGCUCGGUGUCAGCAAGGAGCGCAUCAAGGCACACGCUUUUGAAGAGUUUGCUACGAAUCCCAUGCUCGAUCGUCAUAUUGAGCCGCAUCACAUUCUUGUCUCUUUGCCUGAGGCGAAGAAUCUCUGUCCUUGCUGCACUACGGAUGUAGACCCGAACGGCAGUCUUAUAAAGGUUGACCAGGAGCUCGCCGACUUCUUUCGUGGUCCCCUCCUCGCGUUUGGUACUCACUGCGAAGCCGACUUCAAUAAAAAGUCCUCUGAUCUCGACCUUGGACCAGUCGACUUCCGGCACGUCGUCGACAAUCUACGUAUGCUCUACUGCCAAUGCGAAGAUGACACCCGACACACGCUUGAAGGUGGACCAUCGAAGGCUAUCAAGGCUGUUCGGCUCAAUUGCAUGGGCGACACUGAUUUCGUUGGCCGGCCAAUACACGAAGCUGUGCUUGAGCCUAGAUCCACGCUCGAGUUGGACACCGAUGUAGUUACUCCCGUUGCAGACAGGAUCGGUAUGCCGCUCAUCGUCCGCAAGAUGCCACCUGCAGUGGUGUGGCGCGAUGCUCGUCGACCUUACCGCGUCAAGAACUUCCGCGCCGCUAUGCUGAACCCGCCCGAUCAAACCGGAGACACUGGCUCUCUCAUCCUUGUGCGCAAAGAUGGCAAGCGUCUCCACCCCAUGCACGUUCAGGCUCUCAUCUCAUACACUGCUACGAAAUUGAAGGAUCCCAAUCAUCCCAUCGACGCUUGCCUCCUUGCCGAGGAGCUGCUAGCCGACCGCAUCAGCCAGGUCUCAAAGGAAGACUUCCAAACGUGGUAUACAACUACUUGGAAGACGCGAUCAAUCCAGACCGCUCUGAUUCCCUCACCCUUCGAUAUCGAAACCGACUCAGAGACUGAUGAGGGCGAUUCCGAUAUGGAUGAAGAGAUGGGCGAGAGCGAGUGA